GACCAGGGCCGGGCGCAAAGCGGUCAGGUAUUACUACGGCGAAGUUCCAUCCGGCAGGAAUGAGCGCGACAUCGGGGUUCGUGGCUGGCGCUGGCGCCGCGGAAUUGACAAUGCUUCUGCUUCUCGAAGACUGGCGACUCGGCGACAUCUUCUCGUCUUCUUCUUUCUCUUGUUUCACACCUUUAAACUCGGACGGCGGUGCAGACUCUCGCUUCAGGAAGGGUGGCAUCGUGUGAAGAAUGUGGAGGUCGAGAUGGUUGAGAUGGUAUGGUGUGGUGGGAGCGGCGGUGAAAGUGUUGCUUUCGAGGAAUGGUGGCGAGCUGGUAUGUUGCGAUGGUGGUGGUGGUGGUAGUGGAAAGGUAUCGAUGACGGCUGUUCUUAUAGAAAGGACGGCUGUUCUUAUAGAAAGGACGGCUGUUCGUGAAGGGCAAGCAUCGCCAGGGCAGCAAGAGUCGCCAGUCGUGAUCGGUCGAGCUGCAAGAGUCGUCGGUCGUGAUAAAGUCGUCGGUCGUGAUAGAGUCGUCGGUCGUGAUCGGUCGAACUCGACGGCGGCGGUGAUCGUGGUGGUGGUCCGUGAAGAAGGCGUUGGUGGUUACAGUCCUACUUCGUCAGGAUUGGUGAAUGGUGAAUGGUUCUCCGCAGUGUCCGUCGUCGUCUGAAGAGUACUCUUCGCGAAGCGGCAGUGUCCCUUGAUAUAGCAUCGACGAUCAGGACACGCGGGGAAAGGACGCGUUCGUUUGGCGGACGGACCGAGUCUGUGACGCUAAUGGUGGAGUCUAUGUGAGUCUAUCUACAGGCGGUCCAGGUCUCGACAU